UUUCUUUGUUGACGGACUUUUGCACUCCUGGAACCUUACUUGGAGUAACCUUUACGGGGACGGCAUUUGUGGUCACACUGGAAAAACUGGAAAUUAGCCGUGUUUAUCGGUUCAUUUACACAGUUACUGUACGUAUAAUAUACUGGCCAUUGUGAACACCAACAGCCAAGUUCACCGAAAAGUAUAGCGUAGCCGUAUGCAAGGGCUCCUGAUGAAGGUGUGCAGGUAAUACUUUGAGAGCCCUGUAAGACGCCAUGUCUGAAGAGGCAAUUUCAGAAAGUGACCUGGAGCCUAGCCUUAACAGUGAAGAGGAGUAUUUGGAAAAUGAGGAGGAGGAUGACGACAAUGAGGACACGGAGGAAGAUGAGGAUGAAAAUGAUGGAGAUGAUGAAGAGGAUAGCAUUGAUCGACCUGUCAGUGCCCAGAGCAGGACAGAAAGUGCUCAGGAUGGAAGGGACACCGCCUCAUCUACCUCUGGAGAGCCUUCCCCUGAACCUUCGUCUCGUCCUGGAUCCUGCACACCCUCCAGAUCUGCCUCUCGUUCUCAGCCUCCAACCAGUCCAGAGAACUCAAGCCACAGCAAACCACCUUCUAGCAAGAGCAAAAAACAAAAAGUCUCUAAAUUAACCAAACUGCCCAAGUGUUCAAAAGGCUCCAAACCUUCCAAGCCUGCACACAUGAGGAAAAAUAUCAGGAAGCUGCUGAAAGAGGAUCAGCUGGAGGCUGGGACCAAGGCUGCUCAACAAGAAGAGAUGGAGAGGCGGAAACGUCUGGAGCAGCAGAGGAAGGACUUUCCUACACCAGCCCCAGCCAUGCCCAGCUCUCAACUAGUGGACACUGCUUCACUUUUAGGUGAAGUAUCUCACUUGGUGCCCGGUCUCCUGUGCAAGGAGGACGUGAUCUGUCUGGACAGCAGUGGCGAUGAAGAUGAAAAGGUGGAACCCAAGUUGCCUGCACUUGCCAUUAGAGAUGAUAUAAUUGAGCUCAGUUCUGGGGAUGAGGACACCCAGCGGAUAAGCAGCGAGUCAGCUGAUGAGGACACUGGUGGCACCACCAGCUCAGAGGAGAGCAGCGGGGCACAUAUCAACGAUGCUCUGAACCUGCCAGAUGCACAGGGUCGUGUCCUGGUUAAUAUCAAUCACCCGGCAGAGGAAAAAGACAUUUAUCUCGCUCCACAGCUGGCCAAGGCUGUCAAACCUCACCAGAUUGGGGGGAUCCGGUUUCUCUAUGAUAACCUCAUCGAGUCUCUGGAGCGGUAUAAGACCAGCAGUGGCUUUGGCUGCAUCCUUGCUCACAGCAUGGGAUUGGGCAAGACACUGCAGGUCAUCUCUUUCAUUGAUAUCCUACUGAAGAAUACUGAGGCCCACACAGUGCUGGCCAUUGUUCCUGUGAACACACUUCAGAACUGGCUGACAGAGUUUAACCUCUGGCUUCCACCUCAAGAAGCCUUUUCCUCUGACACUGACCCCGAACUCAUCACUGGCCGCACAUUCAAAGUUCACAUUCUCAACGAUGAGCACAAAACAACACUGGCCCGGGCCAAGGUUGUGGAAGAAUGGUCCAGAGAUGGAGGCGUGUUGCUCAUGGGUUAUGAGAUGUACCGCCUAUUGUCCAUGAAGAAGAGCUUUGUUAUGGGCAAGAAGAGGAAAUCAAAGAAGCCUGCAGGACCAGUCAUCAUUGACCUGGAUGAAGAAGAUAGACAACAGGAGCUCAUGAAAGGUAUUGAAAAGGCCAUUGCACGGCCUGGUCCGGAUGUGGUGAUCUGUGACGAGGGCCAUCGCAUUAAGAACUACCACGCCAACACAUCACAGGCCCUGAAGAACAUCCGCUCCCGGCGCAGAGUAGUUCUCACAGGUUACCCAUUGCAGAACAACCUCAUUGAGUACUGGUGCAUGGUAGACUUUGUUAGGCCUGACUUUUUAGGUACACGCCAGGAGUUCAGUAACAUGUUUGAGCGGCCAAUUUUAAAUGGGCAGUGUAUGGACAGCACACCUCAAGACGUCCGCCUCAUGCGCUACCGCAGCCAUGUGCUGCACAGCCUGCUAGAGGGUUUUGUCCAGAGACGGGGUCAUGAUGUCCUGCGGGACCAGCUUCCCUCCAAGGAGGAGCAUGUCAUCUUAGUGCGGCUCUCUCCCAUUCAGAGGGCGCUAUAUAAAGAGUUUAUGAAACGCUUCAGAGAAGCAGGAAACAGUGGCUGGCUCGGUCUUAACCCACUCAAAGCCUUUUGUGUAUGCUGUAAGAUCUGGAAUCACCCAGAUGUUCUUUAUGAAGCACUGCAGAAGGAGAAUCAGGCCAACGAGCAGGACCUGGACCUGGAUGACAUCACUUCAUCUAGUAAUCCUCGUUGCCCCGCACCUGGUGUUGGCCUCAAAGCCAAAGUAGCUGACUCAAGCAACAGCAAAGUUAACAACACCCUGCCACCACUCAAUACUUCCCAAGAUAAAGCUAAUCAAGUCAUUACAUAUGAAUGGGCAAAGGACAUAAUGUCAAACUACCAAACAGGAGUUCUGGAGAACUCUGCUAAGAUGGUUUUACUCUUCCAUUUGAUUGAUGAGAGUGUGAGAAGAAGAAACAAGAUUUUGGUCUUCAGUCAAAGCUUGUCCACCCUGACUGUCAUUGAGGACUUCUUAUCAAAGAGACCCAUGCCAGCCCACUUUGCCUCCUCUGACACGCAGAGCCAAAACUGGGUGCGCAACGCCAAUUACUUCAGAUUGGAUGGGAGUACAUCUGCCUCAGAGAGAGAGCGACUUAUUAAUCAGUUUAAUGACCCAGAGAACAACACAACCUGGGUCUUCCUGCUUUCUACCAGAGCGGGCUGCUUAGGUGUAAAUUUAAUUGGAGCCAACCGCGUUGUCGUGUUCGAUGCCUCCUGGAACCCAUGUCAUGAUGCCCAAGCAGUGUGUAGGGUGUACCGCUAUGGUCAAAGGAAACCCUGCUAUAUUUACCGUCUUGUUUGUGAUUACACCUUGGAGAAGAAGAUCUAUGACAGACAGGUCUCCAAACAGGUCAUGUCUGACCGUGUGGUUGAUGACCUGAACCCAGUGCUGAACUUUACUCGUAAGGAGGUGGAAUCACUGCUGCACUUUGUAGAGGAGGAGCAUGAAGCUCACAAAAUUUCUAUGGAAUCCCAGCACAACUUUGAGGAAGUGAUACAUGAAGCCUGUGAGCUAUAUCCACACCUCAUCACCAAGCAACCUUUCCAUCAUGAGUCUCUGCUGGUGGACAGGAAGGAGUUGAAACUGACCAAAGCAGAGAAAAGAGCUGCCAAGAAGAGCUAUGAGGAUGAGAAACGAGCCUCUGUGCCCUACUCGCGCCCAUCCUAUGCCCCCUAUUACCCAACCAGUGAUCAGACGCUCACAAACAUAGCAGCAUUUAACCAACGCGCCUGGCGGCCCAUGGCACGGCCUGAUGAAAAACCUGUGGCAAGUGUCAGGCCCAUCCAGUCAACCCCAAUCCCCAUGUUGCCUCGCCAUGUCAGCAUGGGCAUGGUUGGUUCCAGCUCUACUGGCAGCCUGCCUGUCAAUAGCCUGGAGAAAGCUGGAGUCUACGUGCAGAGGAUUGUCACCACAACAGAUAUUGUUAUCCCUGGAGCUAACAGCACAACAGAUGUUCAAGCUCGAAUUAGUGCAGGAGAGAGCGUCCAUGUUAUCAGAGGAUCUAAGGGUACUUACAUCAGAACCAAUGACGGCAGAAUUUUUGCUAUUCGAUCUGGAAAGAUCAGUAGACCAGCAGUCGGGGGCUCUGCUGCUUCAAGAGGAACCCACGGUUCCCUGGUCUAUCCAGUCAGUAAUGGCUGUUCUUCUCCUGUGGAUCAGCAGCAGCGCCCUAACAACGGGGAGCAGCGUUCUUCCCCUCCUUUAAGUUCUGAGAUUAUCAGAGAACUCAAUCGCUACAGUUCAUCUGCAAGUGAUGCAGCCUCUGUCAUGGGGAACGAAUUGCCCUCACCCCAAGAUGUGUCAGCUGUACCGGCAGGGGACAGAAGCAGUUCACGAAGCAAUCAGACUAGUGGUCUCAGUAGGCAGCUUGGUGAAGACCUCCUGACCCCGGCAUCAGAGAUACGGGGCACCAAACGCAAGAGUACUGACAGCCAGGGCAACACACAGGCCGGAGGCAAACAGUCUUCUGCUUCAACACGUUUCCCUGGGCUGUCCAUGGGCUCCACUGGACUCAGUUUUCCCUCUGUGGGUCUGAACUCUUCCUCCCUACUGGGUAACCUAGGACACAUGAGUCACCCACUUCUCAUGGGUGGCAGUGGUGGACCAUCAUUCCUUCAAACACCAGGACAAACACUGGCUGACCUACAGACCAUGUUCUCCUCUGCAGGCUCAGACCUACUGAGACAGUCAGCCACAGGGAACGGGCACCUUCCCACCCCCUCCUCAUCCUCAUUGUCCACUGUUUUCUCCUCUGCUUCCACCACCAUUCCUCUGUCAUCUACAGCCUCAGCAGCAACUUCUGCCUCCCUAGCAUCAGGUGCUAUGCCUCCAUUCUUAAUGAACCCCAAUGUGGCUAGCCUACUAUCUUCAGGCUUCCCUCUCAGCUACAGCCAGUCACUGCUCUCUGAGCCUAGGAUGUUCCCCCACUCUCUACUCACUGGGUCAGGGGGGUUACCAGCGCCUAACUCCAGCUCUACUACAUCGAGCUUCCUCUCCCAUUACAACAAUCCCACCUCCAGCCUGUUAGGGGCAGCUCUGACCCAACCGGACAGACUUCAGAGUAUGGAGAACAGCGGCAGUAGUUCUGACGAUGACGUCAUAGAGGUGACAGGACAGUAGAAACUCACUAGUUCUGCAGUUUAACAAGCAAUCCUAUUAAUUAUGGUUAAUGAAGUACAUUAGGGAUGGGAAUGAUUUUACUUUUACAUGAUAAAAUUAACCAAAUUCAUUCUGUUACAAUAUCUACCCUAAACCAUAAAUUGAUGAUUGCUGCUCUUAUGUAUUGUUACGUUCUGAAUGUGCGAGCACAACAGAAUGCAAGAAAGGUCAAGAGAAAGAAGUGACAUUAGUGGCGUGAAAAAAAAA